AUGAACGGUAAACCAACUAUGAAGUGGAAUUCAAGGCCCCUGAAUCGACUGGCCGAAAACUCCUUCCGCCACAAGCAUCUGCAAUUGGGCCUGACACUGCAUCUAGACUCCACUUCCGAAUUGCUUCCGGCCAACCAACCUGACCCUGACCUGCUCGUGUCUUGGAUAGACAACCUAAAAGACAGAGUUGACGAUACGCUAGAACAGCAGCAACAUGAGCUCCUGCAGCUACGAAUCGCCACAGAGAAUGAAGUUCGUAAAGAAGAGUAUCGACAUAAAGUUUUUCUGGAGCCUUUUGAUAAGUUGGGAGAGUUUCUUGCGAGAAGUGAGACUGAAAAGUUAGAGGGAAGAGAUGGGCCGCAUGCUCAAAGGGAAAAAGAGGAGAUAAGUGAUGAGGACGAAGCUCUGGAAGCGGUGAAUUAUGCGGAUGAGAAGGAGGACGUUGAUGAAGAAGAUGAUGACGUUGUGGAGAUAUUAUCGUCGGAGCCAUCCGGAGAUGAAGAAUCAGAUCAACAAGAGGAAGACGAAUAUGGCGAAGAAGAGUUAGAAGCUGAGCUAGAUCACCAGAUUGACGACCAGCUACGGUAUAUGGACGAUGGUGUGGAGGCUGGCUCUGAUGAGGACCUAAGACACGAAAUGGCCCACUACGCUGAAGCCGCUCGUCAGAAUUCAAUUCAAGAGGACAGCGAAAAGGAAGAUUCCGAGGAAGAAAUUGACCAGCCAAAGGAAUUCGAGGAUCAGUACAACAUCGAGCUGUAUGCAUCUGCUGCUACUACCGCCCUUGCCUCUGGGCUAUAUAAUCAAGGUCACAGUCAUACGGCAGCCCCAUCGUUUCUGAUACGAGAUGGUAGACCGAGAUUGACAGAUUUCCAUGUUGCAUACCAUGAUGAGAAUGAAAUCUCUGAAGAUCAAGAAAGCUAUGAUGAAUCUGGGGAGGAACACCAACGGCAAUUUGAUGAUGAGGAGAAACAGGACGAAGAGCAAGAAGAAGAGCAAGAAGAAGAGCACUAUGAGGAGGAAGAUCAUGAUGACUACGAAAGUAGGAUCCAGCCCGAAGACCUUCAGCAUCAGGCUGGGCCUGAGAAUGAUGAGGACGAUGAUGCAAUUAUUGUGCUUUCCAGCGAGGAAGAGGCAGGACAGUCAAAUCUUGUUGUGCAUCAUGAGGAAGAGAGUGAGGAAGACUCUGAAGAGAAGGAGCAAUCUGCUAGAGAAACUGCCAUGCAUCACAAACUGUACCCUUCCAGUCACGUACAAAAUAUUUCCGAACAUUAUAGCGAAAUGGAAGGCUCAGAUGAUGCCGAACCGGUGUCUGAGCAAGAGUCUGAAGCAGACGUCUCCUUCGAAAGCGCAUCAGCGAAGUCUGCUGAUGAAAUAAACGCUCUGAUUUGUGAACAGGAGAAUUCAUCCAACGACGCUACUUUUGAUGAAGCAAAUUUCUUCGCAAGCGCAAAUGAUUCUCUUGAGCACAACGAGCUUUUUGCGAAUAUUGCACUGGAAGCGCUUGUUGGACAGCCGCAAGAUGUGAGAUCUGUCCCAAGGCAUCCUGUCGAUCGAAUGCUUAGUGACUAUCUCGCUGACGUUGAGUCUGACGAUGGGGCUAUUAGAUCAUUUUCUCAGCCUCAAGCUCAUGUCAAUGAAGAGACGCCGACUCUAGAGGACAAUCAAGUAGAGAAGUCCACGCCCGAGAAGUUCGAUCUCGGUGCUCUGUAUGCCAGAGAUGAAGGAGACGAAGAUGCCAGUGAGGGAUCACUUGCAGAUGCUGACACAGAUAGGCUCGAAGAAGUGCAAGAGAGUGAUUUACCCGUGCAAAUGGGUGCGAUUCCCGUUUUCAAAACCGUUACUCCGGAAUCUCCUAGAACUGUUCUUGAACAGCUAAGGAGCACGCAAAGACGAUUUGGUAUUAAGCUUGACUCUGUCAAGGAGCUUGAGGAUCAACUUGGAUUACCUCACACGGAGUCGUCAACAAGCGAGGAUGACGAUGAUGGAAACCAGAUGUUUGUGGAUGCUCCUGAAUACCCAUUUGAAUCCAUGGACCAAGCCAUGGAGGAAAAGAAGGACUUCUCUGUCAAACAGCAGAGCGGUGACUUUGACAAGUCCAUCGAAGAGGUGUUAUCCAAGAUAGACAAUGAGGCAGUCGACACUCAUUUAGAAGACCACUCCCAGAUAUCACCGCACGAAACUUUCCAGUCUCCACAAGAGGAUGAUAGAGUUGAAGGAGAUUGCCACAACGAUUCGCAUGACAAUUCUACUCGUCCCAAAGUCUUUGUGCACAUUCUGAGCUUUGCUGACAGUGGCUCUGAUCAGGUUUCAGGGUCAAACGAGGUGGACCAGUCCGCAACUUAUGAAGUUCAGGAAAACCCCGAUCUGCAUGAGUAUACGUCUCAGACUCGUCAAGAAAGUGAUACGUCAUUUUUUUCUUUCACCGAAUCGACACAUUCCCUCGAUCAAGGAUCGAGUACAAGUGUCCAUCAAGAAGUCAGGUCGAAUCUUCCUUUCGAAGUGAUAAUGAAUGCACAAAAAGAUCCUCGACACUCGAUCCCAAUAUCAGUUGAUGAGGACGGUCAAGAAUUUGAAAUGGCGUCAUGCCUGGCACCUGGUCAGUAUAAUGUGUCAUUGACGGAAGUGACAUCUUUGGAGAAUCGUGAGCACUCCACAGCAUCUCUGUCAAGCGUCCGAGUCCAGCCUUCUCAUGAAUCAUGUGCCAGUACUGCGAUCUCACGGACUUUCAGUGGGGCUGAAGAGGAUAGAGGAUUCCAAGCAAAGGAAAAUAUCGCUUCGGAUGACGAGAAGAUUAUCACCAAUGCCGAUGCGAGCUUCGAUUCUGGUGACGGGACUGUUCAAACUACUGUGGAGAUGAACUCAGAUGGUGAGAAGAUGACAGUAGAAACUGUUGCGGCUUCAGGAGAUAAAUAUCAGAAGACGGUCGCUUCUACUGAGUUUCAAACGAUGGAUGUCGAGGAUCAUGAAAGUGAAAGCGAUUAUGAAGAUGCUCCUGAUGAUGAGGUGACGGAGAAGAAAUAUGACUCGAAAGUUCUCAAUAAUUUUGCAAACGAAGAUAAUAUCGAUGACAAAACUGGCACAUCAGAACAAUCUGACAAUAAUCGCCCAGACGAUGUGGAGAUAGUCGAUAAAAGCUUUAAAAGUGAAGUUGAUGGACACAACUUUGACCAAGAAGAAAAUCCAUCAAGUCAAUCUGCAGAAGACGUAAAGAGUGAGAAAUCAGAUGAAUUUCAGGAGGCUGAAGAGGACAUCAGUCUCCAUGAUGCCUCUUCAGCUGGUCCUGAAGAGUCUUCUAGUCGAGACAAUUCUCUCGCCGAGCUCAAGCUCGGUGGCACCGACAAUAAGUUGCUGUCAGCUGACGAUGGAGUUGCUUUAGAAUCAGAUCAACCUGACGAGACCAACUCCGAUACGAGUGAAGGAGAUGAUCAACCUUUGAUAUUCGAACCCGAUGAAGAUGAGCCUGGAUUCGUCGUCUUUGAGAGCAGCACCGUCAUUGAGGGAGUGGAGUCAGUGCCUCCAUCGUACGUGGAGGAGCCUGAACUCAAGGAAGUUGUUACUUUGGAUAAAGCCUCGACGAGUGAGAGUGCCGAGCAAGCAGCUGAAGAUAUCAUUUCUGAAGUUUUUGCUCAGCUUGACGAAGAAGUGGACAGCCCGUCGGAAGUGAUCGAGCCAGAUGAUGUCGGUGGUGGGAUUGUUGAGGUUUACGAGGAGGCUUCGGAAAUUUAUGAAUCUGAUAUUAUCAGACCUACAUCAAUUCAAGAAUUAGAAUCCAUGAGAAACACCCCUGAGCCCGUCGAGUCCACAGUUCUGGCUGAAGAAGUGAAGAGUGACAGAGGGAAGAAAAGAGGUCUAGCUUUUUCAGUUCUUCCGCCCGCUAAGAAGUUCAAGAGCAUUGCGAAAACUUUGAAUCCAUUUCUGUGGUUGUCCAGAAAACCUUCUCUGUCAUCCUUCGCUACGGAGGUUAUUCCAAUCCCACAGCUCGACGAAGUCAAUGACGACGAGGCUGAGGUUGAGAGUGACGCAAGCUCCUCAUCCAUUGAGCUGAGUGUUAGUCGUCUCGAAAUUGGUGAUGAUGUGGGCAAUGAGGAAUCCCGCACUUCACUGAACGAAAGCGCGUCGAAGCCUGAGGAUUCUGCGGUUGAGGAGAUCGAGACUAAAGUAGAUACUGAGAGCUUAUCUCCAAAGAACGGCCUUGAAACUAUAGAGGCUGACAAGGAAAUGGGUGCCGAAGAUGCUGAGCAAAGAGAGGAAAUUGCCACAGAAACCCAAAACGACAUCUCGAUAAACGGAAGUGAUCACGAUGGUCAGGAGGGCCCAAUACCUAUUGUAGGUGAUACAGCAGAGAUAGAGAUCGAACAUGAAAGCCCUCUUAAGGAGGCGUCAAACAAGACAGAGAUUAAUGACAACUACGAAACGAUUUCUGAACCCGAAGGCGUGGCUGAGGUGGUCAAUCAUUUCACUGCAGCCGAGCUGAUUGAGUCGCAGAGUACAAAGAACAUCGCAGAAGAAGGCGCCCCUGAUAAGUCAUUGGAAACCGCUGAUAAAGAAGACGAUGCUCAGCAUCGCAAUUAUGUGGAAGAACGUUUAGAGGAUGAAGAUAAAUUUGACGUCACAGCAGAGGGAAACGAAUUGAUCCAAGAUGAUGCUAUUCGGCUUCAAGAUAGUGUUCCUGCGAUCCCUCGAUUCAGAUUCAUUGCACCAACUCUUGAGGAUAUACUUCAAAAAGACAAUGGAUCGCGUUCUACGAAAAACGAUUCUGAGGAUGUGAAUUAUGUUGAUAAAAAGGAUCCAGAGGAGGCUCUCGAGACUGAAGAUCAGGCGACGAAGAUUUUGAAGAUUCUUGAGCAAAAGGCUAAAGACAAGAUGGAGGAAAAGAAGCAACAAGAUCAUGGUGCAAAAGAGAAAAUGAACUCGACAACUGAGAACGGUUCCCCAUCGUCACUUGGUAACAAAAGCGACCACGACAAGACUGAAGCACGUGAGUCAGGAGAUAAGAGACGGGUAGCACGUAAAGCCAAAGCAAUGACCAAAGGAGAAGAAGAACCGCCAUCGCGGUUGACACGGGCGCAACAGCGUAAACUUGAGGCUGAAGCCGAAGCGGGAAAGCUGCCAAAGGCUGUACUAACCGUUGCAGCAGAAUAUAUUCAGAAACCCGAAAACUCGAAUGCGAAUGCUGAAGUACAAGACAAAAUUUAUAAUGACCCUAAACCAGCAUCUAAAGAACAGACUGAUGUCUCCGGAAGCGUGAUGAUGGAUCAAAGAGAGCCAGAAAGCUCAGCUAAGCGCACGAGACGAAGGACGGUUCAAUCAGAAAAAGAGCUGUCUGGUGGUUUGGAACCGCAAGCGCAAGAAGGAGCAAAAUCAGAAAAGAAGAACGUUGAUUAUUCCCAGACUUCUCAAGUGGUAGCUUCGCAAACACAGGCCGAAGCAAUUGACAAAAAACCCAAGCGCAAAAGUAGGGGCAGAAAGAAGAAGGUUCAAGAUCAUGAAAAUCAAGUUCCAGAUCUGUCCCUCAAAAGUGAGCAAUUGAUGUCAGCAGCGGAAGAGGAGAAGAGCAUCAGAGAAAGCAAGAGGUCUCCUCUGAAUUCACAAAAAGAGCCAGAAAUACCUGCAAGUGAUCAUUUUCCGACACCAGCCAGGCGCUCGACAAGGCUAAGGCGGCAAUCUCAAAAAGAACAAGCAUCCACUCAGAUUGAUUUAAAGGAAGACCAUGUGGAUCAGUUUAUUGAUGAAAAGGCUGAGUUAGACACCAGAAUGAAGCAAGAAGGUGAAGGAGGGCAAAAAGAUCAAAUCAAAGAUCGACCUCCUUCAAGCGCAAUACCUUCGCUGCCAUCGAGGCGCUCGACGCGGCUUCGUCGCUCUAAGAGACAUUUUGAUGAAACGGAAGAAAAAGAACAGCAGGCUGUGCGAUCUUCUCCCGUCAAAAACGAACCUCAACAGGCGCAACUUGCUCCUGGCUUUGAACCCACACAGCAGUUGUCUCCUAAGAAAAGGCGAGGACGCCAAAAGAAGAACGCUCCAGCUCAGUCGUCGCCGGCUGCUGAUUUUAGCCCUCCAAUGCCCAAGCUGAGAGUCACUAGUGGUAACAAAUGGCAAUUGGAUCUGCUUGACCACCCUGCUUUGAGAACAAGGUCCAAGUCUCCCAUCAAGCGCUCCAUCCAAGAGCUUUCGCUGGACAUGGAAGAAGAACUCCCAAAAAGAAGAAGACGCAAUAUCAAGAAAGUGGCAGAUGAAAUUGAUCCAGAAGAAAAGAGACAAGAGGAAGAACACCGUGGAAGAAGGAGACGCAGAGAUUAG